AUGUCUCUUGCCGAUCUCAAAGCUGGUGGUCUCUACGUUAUCCUCUUCAUAAGGGGUGACCCCCCAGAGCAGGACAAUUUCCACUGGGGUCUCUACCUCCACAAAAACGUCGCAAGUGGUGGUAUUAAGCUCUUUCGAAUCACCGACGUUCCAGCCGGCUGGGAAGGCUAUGUCGACCAGGCCCUUCGGACCUAUGACAAUCAGGUCAACACUCCGGGUAUGACUUGUAAAUGCAGUGAUCUUACUGCGUUGGAGAGGGAAAUUAAGGAUUGGGGGAAUGCCAAUGCUCCCGGUGCGGCUAGGAAUGAGCAGCCGCGACCACUUGCGUCUUCUCAGAUCUGCUACACAGUACCAUUCGAUGAAGUUAGCGCAAGUCUUAUGUUGGAUAAACUCGAGGCAGUGGUGUAG